CAUUACCGAGGGCGGUGGGGCCCCACGCCCUGCCUGCGGGCGCCUUGCCGGGGUUAGGGUGAUGCACGGAAGAAUCUGGCGUCCUUCUGGGACAGGGACUUCGUAACUUAAGACGCCCUACCGUGAUGCUGCGUAAAGGGAGCCUCAGAGUUCAGGCAGCCAGCCACUGCCCCCCGGAUGUCUGUUUUCUCUUCUGCAAAACGGGUGCAAGGCACAAGUUAGAUCCUUGGAGAGGCGUGCCUGAACCUACUCUGUAGAAGGGUCCCCUCCAGUCUCGCUGGGAAGUUUCUAACACCGGAAGUGCCCUUGGUGGGGACUAGAGCAGAGGCAGUAAAAACUUAGAGCAAGUAGCUUCAGAGAGGUUGGCUUUGAGCCCUUCACGCCCCAAACUCCUGGCAAUCUGUACAGCGGAGUGAGGGGCAGAGUUGGGCAUCUCCAGGGCUCCUUCUAUGGAUGGCCUCCCAAGAGGCUGUCUGGGCAAGGCGUCCCUACAUGGACACCCCCCCCUUACACACACACUCCCACCUUCAAGUCUGGCAACCCAGCCACCCUCUUUAUAGGUACCUAGAGACUCUAAGGGAAAGUCCAGGGAUUCUGCUGCCUACUGACUUUUGGGAGAGCCCCCAGAAUACCUCCCACGUUGGGGAUGCUGUGCCCACCAGGCCCCCCCCCAUAGCCCCCCUGGGUUGAUAAAGCCAGUGUGAGAGUCCAGCAAAACCAGUCGGACCCCAGCCCUUCCCUCUCUAGGCACAAGCAGGCCUAGGUGGCCUUGAAUACCUCCGGAAGGGAUGUCAGCCUGCCAGAGGUUUUUCGAGCACAGCCGAUUGGAGGGCUGUUUAAAUCUUGGUUCUGCAGUUUCCCACUGUGAGACUGAGCAGAUCCCUUCACCUCUGGGAGCUCUGCAUCAGGAGCUGCAAUCCUCCUGGGAAUUGGCUGAAAUAACAGACGACAUUGGCUACCUGGUGUUUCCCAACUGAGCUCUCUGAUGCCUCUUGCCUGCCUCCAGUUGGCUGUCUCAGAGCAACCAGAAUGAAUUCAGUAAAACUUAGAGCUGACCACCACACACCCAGCUUAAGACCCUCAGUGGCCCUCCUACUGGCCUCAGAAUAAGGGGAUGCUGCUGUGCAAAUAUUCAUGAGGAUGAAGGCUUAAGAGCACUGAGAACCCAAGGCAAAGCGGAAGAGGCGGUCCGGAACCGGAAGUGCGGCAGGGAUUUAGCGGCGUCUCAGUUGCCAUGGAGACUGGAAGGCGAGAGCUGCAGUCCGCAGAGUCUGGGUCCUACGCGUUCGCGGGGGCAACGUGGACGCCAACCCAGCGUCUGGCCCGGAUCCGCAGCCCCAGCCAGUGCACCUGGUUGUCGUCCAUCGCCUACUCCGAGUCCUUUCACCACGAUUUCGGGGCCCGGCCCGUCCGCAUCCCGCCGCUUGAGCUUCCGCCGCUUUCCGAGCCGCACCUGCUGCGUCUGCGCCCCACCUCGCUGCGCACCCAAGAUAUCUCGUACUUGCUCACCGGCGUCUUCCGUAACCUGUACACUUCCGAGGUGAUCGGCGAGGAGGUGAGCGCAAAUUUGAUCAAGGCCCGCGGCAGUGAGGAUGCGAGGCACGAGGAGUUCGUGGACCAGCUGCAACAGAUUCGGGAUCUCUAUAAGCAGCGACUGGAUGAGGUGGAAAUGUUGGAGAGACAUAUCAUUCAGGCCCGUGCCCGGGCUCUUGCGGAGAAAGAGCGGGCCAUGCACCAGGCCAAAGUACAGGUCCUUGAGCCCUUCAUCAAGAUGCCUCCAGUGAAGACCAUCUUCAGAUGGUGUGUGGACAAUGAGCUGCUACAGAAGCAUCAUUUGAUCUGCCCAGAUGAUUACUACAGCGAUACUGUACCAUUUUGCUCUGCACCUAAAGGCAUCUUUGAUCCUGGAUAUUCAAAACCGACAUUUAGUUGUGAGCAACGUUCUGUCCCAAAGAAGGAACUGAACAAGCAGCUUGCGUGCAGGAAGACACUCUCGCAAUCUGAAGACGAGCUGGACUUCACUAUAGCCAGCCUAACAUGGGACUCAUCUUUUAAGGCCAAACUCAGGUCCAGAGAAAGUGUCAAGAAAACAGGUUCAGCAAAGAAUAAAAACUGGAUGAACCAUUUACGUGCACCGCAGAGACAGCUGGAGCGGCUUCUGCUCACCAGAAUGGAGAGUCGGAACCACUUCCUGAAAAACCCUCGCUUUUUCCCUCAUACUCCAUUUGGAGGCAGGUCUCUUCUCUUUCCUCCGAAGAAGCCAGCACUGAGAGGAAAAUUCCAGAAUGGAGAGCUGGAACAGAGUUGUGCUGAUACACCAGUGUUUCUAGCUAAGCCAUCAAUUGGAUUUUUCACAGAUUAUAAAAUUGGACUGGUUUAUGAGAUGGUGAUCUCGCUGCAGAACACUACGUCCACCAGCCGCCACCUGCGAGUCCUCCCGCCGUCCACGCCCUACUUCUCUCUGGGAUUGGGAAUGUUCCCAGGAGAAGGUGGAAUGGUGGCUCCAGGGAUGACCUGCCAGUACAUCGUCCAGUUUUUUCCCGACUGCCUUGGGGACUUUGAUGACUUUAUUUUAGUGGAGACCCAGUCAGCGCACACACUUCUGAUCCCCCUGCAGGCUCGGAGGCCACCCCCAGUGCUGACGUUGUCACCAGUGUUGGACUGCGGUUACUGCCUCAUUGGGGGAAUGAAGAUAGCCAGAUUCAUCUGCAAGAACGUGGGCUUCAGCGUGGGCAAGUUCUGCAUCAUGCCUAAAAAGAGCUGGCCGCCGUCAAGUUUCAGGUCUGUUGCAACCGUUGGCUUCGUUGAGCAACCUCCCUUUGGAAUCCUGCCGUCAGUGUUUGAGCUGGCCCCAGGGCAGGCCGUGUUCAUGGAGAUCCUGUUCCUCCCCACCAGCCUGGGAAAGGCAGAGCAGACCUUCAUCAUCGUGUGUGACAACUGCCAGAUAAAGGAGCUGGUGACCACAGGAAUCGGGCAGCUGGUGGCUCUGGAUCUGAUCUAUAUUUCUGGUGAAAAAAGUCAGCCGGAGCCUGGAGAGCUCACAGACCUAACAGCCCAGCACUUCAUACGCUUUGAGCCUGAAAACCUUCAGGCCACAGCCAGCAAACUGCUGAUUAUUAGAAAUGCCACGCACGUGGAGCUGGCCUUCCACUGGCAGAUUAGGAAGCCCAACCUGCGGCCCCAGAUGGCCAGGGGGAGCUACACCAUGGACAGCAUCACGUACCACCCCGACAAGGAGACAGCCUUCUCCAUCACGCCCCAGACGGGCGUUCUCAACCCCCACGCGGACCACGAGUUCAUGCUGAGCUUCUCUCCUCAUGAGCCGAGGGAUUUUCACAGUGUGCUGCAGAUGGUGCUGGAGGAAAUCCCGGAGCCCACGAGUUUGGAUUUGGGAAACACGAAGCACCCUUCAUACUCCAUGGAUGACGUGAUCGUCCUAGAAAUCGAGGUGAAAGGCUCGGUGGAACCCUUUCACGUUUACCUAGAACCGUAUGCCCUCAUCAUCCCCGGGGAGAACUACAUUGGCAUAAACGUGAAGAAGGAUUUUAAGAUGUGGAACAAAAGCAAGUCAGCCAUCAGAUACGCAUGGGGAAAGAUCAGCGACGGCCACAUCAUUGAAGUGGAGCCCUGCAUGGGGACCAUUGAGCCCAAUGAGGUCGAGGAUUUUGAGUUGAACUUUACUGGAGGUGUCCCCGGCCCAACAAGCCAGAACCUGAUGUGUGCAAUCCAAGGCUCACCCUCACCGGUGGUGUUACACAUCGAGGCAGGCUUUAAGGGACCUGCCCUCGUCAUCGACAUCUCAGCCCUUCAGUUUGGGUUGCUGCGCCUGGGGCAGAAAGCCACAAACUAUGAGAUCCAGAAUGUCAGCCAGCUCCCAGCCACAUGGUACAUGAAGGAGAGCCGGCUCUGCCUGGAGGAAAGGCACGAGGCUGCGUCUCCUUUUGACAUCGAGCCCUCCAGUGGCCAAGUUCAGCCGCUGGGCGAGUGCAGAGUGAACAUCACCUUGGAAGCCCGGCGUUGCCAGCGUCUGCAGACUGUCCUAGAGCUGGAGGUGGUAAAUGGAGCCUGGAGCUACCUUCCUGUGUAUGCUGAGGUGCAGGAGCCCUAUGCGUAUCUCCAGAGCAGCCAGGUGCAGGUCACCAACCUCUACCUGGGCAUGCCUGCCAAGGCGACCAUCACACUCAUCAAUGGCACGCUGCUGCCCACAAGGUUCCAUUGGGGCAAGCUCGUAGGGCUCCAAGCCAGCUUCUGCAGAGCCAAAGUCUCCCCCAGACAUGGCAUGCUGGGCCCCAGUGAGGAGUGCCAGCUCAGCCUGGAGUUGACCACUCACACCCAGGAAGAGUUGAGGGAUCUGGCCCUCCCUUGUAACGUGUCAGGCAUGAAGGAGCCUCUGGUUCUGGGCAUUUCUGGGAAACCCCAGGGACUACAAGUGGCCAUCGCCAUCUCCCCAGAGGACUCUGACAGCAGUGUUCCCAGCAGAGAGCUGUGGCCAGGCCACCCGGAGAGGCUGCACCUGGACUUUGGCUCGACAGUGCCGUUGAGGACCCGCGUGACUCGCCAGCUCAUCCUGACCAAUUGCUCCCCGAUACAGACCCCUUUCACCCUCAAGUUUGAGUACUUCGGGAGCCCCGGCAUCAGCCUGAGCCAAAAACCCAGGCUCCCCGACAUGCCUCCUGCCCUGCUGAGGACAGCUCGGAUGCGUGAGCUCUUGGCCAAGCGUGAGCAGCUGGAGUUUAUGGAAAGCAUGUUGUCUCAUGGGAAAGGCGCUGCCUUCUUUCUCCACCUCUCCCAGGGCGUGCUGGGGGCCCAUCAGCAGCUCAGCAUCGACAUCACAGCCUGUGCGAACAUGUGGGGCGAAUACUGGGACAACCUCAUCUGCACGGCAGGAGAUUUGCCGCCAGCUGUCAUCCCGGUGCACAUGGCGGUGGUGGGCUGCCCCAUCAGCUCCCAGAGGCCCACCUUCUACACUGCUGACUACUUCCAGAAGGAGCCUGUCAUCAGGUUUGGCACCCAGAUGUCUGGAGGAGACACAGUCACCCGGGCCCUUCGCCUGAAUAAUUCCAGCCCCUGUGACAUCCGCCUGGACUGAACCUACAUUCCAGAAGACAGGGAGGACUGGCUGGUGGAGCUGCUGGUUUUCUAUGGGCCGCCCUUCCCACCACGGGACCAAGCUGGGAAUGACCUCUUGUGCCCUGAGACGCCUGAGAGCAGCAGCUCCUUUGGAUCUCCAUGUCCCUCCAAUGUGUCUGAGUCCAGCCACGAAGCUGCCCAGUUUGCUGAGGGCAGCUCCAGUGCCAGUGCCUCCAAGAUCAUCUCAGUGGUCCUGCAGGAGCACGAGGGGGUGCCCUCUGCCCACCUGUUCUCCAUCAGCCCCAAGCAGGUGGUGGUCCCUGCAGGGGGCAGCAGCACCAUCCACAUCUCCUUCACACCUGUGGUCCUCGGCCCCGCUGUCCUGCACAAGGUGGAGUGUAUUGGCUAUGCCCUGGGCUUCAUGAGCUUGGAUGACGAGAUGGAGAGGGAACUUCCGGGGAGGAGGCGCCGCCUGCAGGACUUCGCAGUGGGACCCAUGAGGCUGGAUCUGCACAGCUAUGUGAGGCCUGCGCAGCUAAGCGUGGAGCUGGACUACAGCGGCAGUGUGGAGUUCUGGCAGCAGGCCAGUGACCUCAUCCCUGAGCAGCCCUCUUCUGGGGUGCUGAGUGAGCUGGUGACCACCCACCACCUGAAGCUGACCAACACAACGGAAAUCCCACACCACUUCCGGCUCCUGGUCUCUAAGCCCUUCUCCGUUUCUCAAAAUGGGGCGAGCCGCAGCCACAGAGCUCCUGGCCCCGGCUGGAAGCAGGAGUGCGAGGAGGAGACGGGCAAGCAGCUGGUCCUCUACCCACAGGAGAACAUGCUGGUGAACGUGUCCUUCUCACUCUCCCUGGAGCUACUCUCCUAUCAGAAGCUCCCAGCUGACCAGAUGCUGCCCGGAGUGGCAAUACAGCAGAGCGCGAAUGGAGAGAAAGAAAUGGUGUUCACUCAGAAUCUGCUUCUGGAGUACACCAACCAGACCACUCAGGUGGUGCCCCUGCGGGCUGUUGUGGCCGUGCCCGAGCUGCAGCUCUCCACCAGCUGGGUGGACUUCGGGACCUGCUUCGUGAACCAGGACCAGGUCCGGGAGGUCUACUUGAUGAACCUGAGUAGCUGCCGGAGCUACUGGGCUGUGCUGACAGGUCAGCAGGAGCCAGACAAGGACCCUGUGGCCUUCAGGGUCUCCCCAAGCAGUGGGCUGCUGGAGGCACGACUGGGCAACGCACCCCCAACCUCCAUCACCCUCCAGGUUUCCUUCACUGCCAGGAGCUGUAAGCUGUACAAGUCCACAUUGGUGGUAGAAGGUGUGCUUGGUGAGAAAUCCUGCACCCUGAGGCUCAGGGGUGAAGGCUCUUAUGAUGAGAAAUAUGAGUCACCCCACCAGCUCUAGGCCCUACCCCCAUCCCAGAAAUAAACACACUGAGAGUUACAACCAGGUGUGCUGGGCACCCGCUGCAAUGAAGGGACCCCCUUCCAGGUCUGUGUGUGCCCUGUGUCCUCAGAGGUGGAGCAGUACAAAGAGUAGGUCACCCACAGGAGAGCAGGGCACUUAAGGAUGGGUGUUCAGACUGAGCAGAGGCAGGACCAGCAUAGCAGGAACUGGACCUUCGGAAAAAGCCCAUCCACUAAGACAACACAUUUACUAUGUCUGCUGCACAUUCCGUCCACAGGCCCUUUCCCCCAGGAACCACAUGGUAGCCUUGUGGGCUGGGUGACCCAA